UGCGAGAACGCCUCUCUGCUGUGGAAACGAAGGACGUGCAGUUCUGGAUUUUGGUUUGACUGGCAGAAAGAAGGAUGGAGUUUCUGACAGGGAACCCGUUUACUACACCGGUUGGCCAGCGAAUAGAAUAUGCAACCAGCUCCAGUCUGCAGUCGGAGGACUGGGCCCUCAACAUGGAGAUCUGUGACAUCAUCAACGAGACAGAGGAGGGGCCUAGAGAUGCAUACAAAGCAAUAAAGAAGAGAAUUGUGGGAAACAAGAACGUCAGAGAGGUCAUGCUGGCAUUGACUGUACUGGAAGUGUGUGUGAAGAACUGUGGCCACAGGUUCCAUGUGCUAGUCUCAACCAGGGAGUUUGUUGAGGGGGUUCUGGUCAGGGCCAUCUUACCCAAGAACAAUCCCCCUCUGGUCCUGCAUGACAGAGUGCUCAGCCUUAUACAGGCGUGGGCAGACGCAUUCCGCAGCUCACCAGCUCUGACGGGCGUGGUUUCUGUGUACGAGGACCUGAGGCGGAAAGGACUGGAGUUCCCCAUGACUGAACUGGAUGGAUAUUCCCCCAUUCACACUCCAAAUAGGACUAUGCCUGAUAACGGGCCUACUGUCACUGUAUCUGCUGCACCCUCAUCUCCCAGGCCUGUACCCAUAUCACCCCAGCUUCCUGCAUCCCAACAGAGCGAGCAGGGACCCCUCACCUUCACACCUUAUCAGGUUAAAAAGUUGAAGACAGACCUGGGAGUGGUUCGAGGUAACCUGACAGUGAUGUCAGAUAUGAUGUCUCAACUGGAUCCAGCAACAGCCAAGCAUUCAGACACAGAGCUGCUUCAGGAGUUGUAUGCAGCAUGUAAGGACAUGCAGGAUACGAUAAUGGAGCUGGUCCCAAGACUCAGUGAGGAGAAGCUGACAGAGGAGCUGCUGGUUGCCAAUGACGAAAUCAAUGCCACCUUCACUCGCUACCAGAGGUUUCAGAGACAAAGAGCUACACAGCAGAGCCCAACCUACGUUAACCUUAUUGACCUCAGUGCUGCAAUCAAGCCUGUUGCUACAGCUCCCACCCACUGCCAUCUCAGCCGAUCAACAGUUGACACUGUGUCUAGUCAGAUGACAGGACUCAGUAUGAGGGAAUUCGAUGAAUUUGCACAGAACAGGAGCAUCUCACAGACACAACAGAGACCGAGUGAGCGGAAUGAAGGUGCUGCCGACAGUCUGGCUCAAGCUCAGAACACCAGAUUACAGAACACUGGAACGAUCCCUGUGAGUCAGACGUCUGUGAUGGAUGACAUUGAGAAGUGGCUGGAUGUGGAUGAGGAGGACGACAUGGCUGAUUCAGAGGGUGUGACAAGUGAGGAAUUUGACAAGUUUCUGGCAGAAAGAGCGAGAGCAGCAGAGCGACUCCCGUCCCUGAAAGCUUCUUCUUGUGACAACAACCACUGAGUCAUAGGCCAAGCCGCAACCUGCCACAUAACCAAUGCCAUUUUCCCAAAUAGUGUGAGAGGACUGAACUGGCUGAAUGUAUGAUUGGCACAUACAGUGAGCAAAUGACUGGUGGGAACAAGAACUCCUGAAAAUAGGGGUGUGCUACUGACACUCAGGUACACUACAGUACUACUUUAUGUUAAACUCCCCUGGGUUAAGGUCUUUAUCUAAUAUGUUUAAUGUGUAUUUUUAUGUUAAGGCUAAAUUAACAUGGACCAAGUGUUUUUAACUUACACUAAACGAGUGCUUUAUGAUAAGUUAAAUCGUUCCAUGCCACUAUGUAUAUGGAUAUCCAUCAGCGGAGGCUGGUGGGAGGAGCUAUAGGAGGAUGGGCUCAUUAUAAUGGCAGGAAUAUAAUAAAAUGGAACGGAGUCAAACGUGGUUUCCUUAUGUUUGGUACUGUUUCAUUUAUUCCAUUCCA